GUUCGCGUGCGCCAUUCUCUGUUCGUCAGCCAAGGAGAUCGCAAGGACGAUGGCGAAGUUGGAGGCAGUAGGAGCAGUGUUGGUCGUGGCAGCGCUGUUUACUGGAGCUUCGGCUGCCGUUCCCGGACCUAAUGACCUUCGUUAUCCUGAUUACAUCGUUAAUCCUCCUGUUCAGUGCUCCGUUGAGGGAUCGUUUCACCAUCCAAGGAACUGCAGUUGGUAUUAUAGAUGCGUAGACAGAAUGAAAAUCGGAUAUUUCCACACCUUUCACUUUGAGUGCGAACCAGGCACGGUCUUCUCCGACGAACUCGACCAGUGCGUGUUUCCCCAUCUGGUUGGACCCCCUUGUGGAACAGCCGGUCAAGGGCCAGUAACCCCAGCAACCCCCCCUCCAACACCGCCCUGCAUUUUCUACGAUCAGGACUGCCGGACUGAGAAGCUGUGUAACCCGUCUGAGGAGAGGGUCUUCUGCGACAGGUGCCGUAGAGGCCUCACGACGGUCUCUGCCGCCGCCUUCUGUGGGGGAGCUGGGUUGGUGUUCGACAAAGGCCUCGGGCGAUGUGUGCCCAUUCCUUCAGAAUCGCGCAAGUGCACGCCCACGACUCCGCCCACGCCCGCGCCCAUCGAGCCCUGCAUUUUCUACGAUCAGGACUGCCGGACUGAGAAGCUGUGUAACCCGUCUGAGGAGAGGGUCUUCUGCGACAGGUGCCGUAGAGGCCUCACGACGGUCUCUGCCGCCGCCUUCUGUGGGGGAGCUGGGUUGGUGUUCGACAAAGGCCUCGGGCGAUGUGUGCCCAUUCCUUCAGAAUCGCGCAAGUGCACGCCCACGACUCCGCCCACGCCCGCGCCCAUCGAGCCCUGCAUUUUCUACGAUCAGGACUGCCGGACUGAGAAGCUGUGUAACCCGUCUGAGGAGAGGGUCUUCUGCGACAGGUGCCGUAGAGGCCUCACGACGGUCUCUGCCGCCGCCUUCUGUGGGGGAGCUGGGUUGGUGUUCGACAAAGGCCUCGGGCGAUGUGUGCCCAUUCCUUCAGAGUCGCGCAAGUGCCCGCCCACGACCACGAACCCGCCCACGACCGGUAUUAGUACAAGUGUCAGCUGUGUGUUCAAUUCCAGCGUCUGCGAGGAACGAGAGCUCUGUCAGCCAAAGGAAACGGUGACGCUGUGUAGACAUUGUUACUUUGGCAGCACACUCAUUGACUACUGUGGACAGAGCAAGGGAAUGAUUUAUGAUUUGGACCUCAAGAAAUGUGUAGCAGAGCCUGACGCAACGCGCGAGUGCCAGGCUAUCCCCCCCACUGGCUCCCCCACUGGCUCCCUCACCUGCUCAUUCGACGACAGCGUUUGCGAGAAGAGGGUGUUGUGUAACCCAUCCGAAACCAGGACGUUAUGCCGUCAGUGCUACAUUGGCGAGACCCUCAUAGACUACUGCGGCCAGAGCAAAGGCCUCAUCUACGACCUGGAUCUCAACCAGUGCGUGGAAGAACCCGGGGAUUCGCGAGUGUGUGGUGCCUCUGUGACUGGGGAAAACACGGUGGAAUGUUCUGAUACGAAUACCCGCCCCGGCCACGAUUGGAUAAAAAGGUUCUUCUGCACUCGAUACAACCUGUGCGGUCCUAAUAACUCCUUCAAGGAGACAGUGAGUCUUUGUACCAACUACUACCAGUGCUACAAGAACACAGAUGGUACGUGGAAUGUGGAAAAGAGGAACUGUGUCGGAAACAAACUGUACAGUUUUGACAGCGAUAGUUGCGAAGACGAACCAUCAGAGGAUCAACUGUGCACUUAAUUAUCUCCAUGAAAGAACCUCAAGCUAACUUAUACUGUUAUCUUUUACGUGAAACUUUCAAAGGAAAAAAAAAGUAAUUUGUUGGUCAUAAUCUUACUUACAAAUCCUCUUCCUUCACCUGUGUUUUGUCCCGUUGCAUUAUAUGAAUAUUUGUGUCCCCAAAUAUUUAUUCAUGAACUCACUUUGUUUUAGAGUUUUAUUUAAUAUUUAUUGUGUACAAAUGGAAGCCUCAUAUGCUCUCAAGAGGAUUCAGACCAUGUUGAUACUUAUAAAUUCAUUUUUGCAUGUCUUUAUUGUUAGAUUUUUAAUAUUGUUGUUACGUAUCUAUAUUGUUACUUAAAAUAAAAGUGCCAAAAUAAAAGUUUCAUAAAUC